GAACGAAGAUGCAGUUCUUUUUUGUCUUUGUGUGUCUGGUGGCUUUGGCCUCGAGUCAUCCUCAUAAUAAGAAGAGGGCACAUGAAAAGCGAAGAAAAACUUUGAAUGCUCCAGAGCGGGAUCCGCUUCAGUUGAAACGGAGUGACGACACCACAUCAGACUAUGGUUUCAAACGGAGUGACGACACCACAUCAGACUAUGGUUUCAAACGGAGUGACGACACCACAUCAGACUAUGGAUUUAAACGGAGUGACGACACCACAUCAGACUAUGGUUUCAAACGGAGUGACGACACCACAUCAGACUAUGGUUUCAAACGGAGUGACGACACCACAUCAGACUAUGGUCUUGAAAGACGCGAAAAUGCUGAACUCGAAACGAAAGGGAAAGAAAUGAACAGGAAGGAAGAUGCUGACAGACAAGAGAUUGUAGAACUUCUGAGGAAGUUCCUGGAGAACCACAAGUAAAAGGAUACCGAGACCGACCAAGCAAUGUAUACAGACCACGUGACAACUACUUAAACUUUCAUAGCCUUUCUUUCUCUACCUUUUUCUAUUCAACGCCAUACUUGUAAAUGCACGCGCACAUUACAUGUUCAUGGAAUAUGAUAUCGAUUUCGAUGGAUUCAUGCUAUUUAUAAUGUGAAUAACUGCGCGUGAUUUCCAUAUUAAUAAAUUCCUAUGCAGCAUUA